AGAACAUAAUACAAGCCACUCCUGAUAAUCUUAAAACACAACAAUUUUUAUUCUCUCCAAGUGCUGUCUCCCCCUCAAGAGACAUCAUUAAUCAAACACAAAACAAUGGCGACAAAAUUUGGUUUUAGUAAAACCUCUAGGAACAAAUCGAUUAAACAACACUUCAAAGUUUGUUUUUGUUUCAACAGAAUGUUUAAGCUCAAGGUGGCUGAACCACCAGAAGAAAUCAACAAUAUUUUUUAUAGGUAUGCACAAAAUGGUACCAUGACCAUGGAUGAAUUGUACUACUUUUUAGUUCAUUUUCAAGGAGAAAAGGGUGGUGAUGCUACCCAAAAACAUGCUCAAGAUGUUUUCCAUAGUUUAAGACAUCUCAAUAUAUUUCAAAGGAGAGGUCUUCAUUUUGAUGCCUUCUUUCGUUAUCUUUUUGGUGACCUAAAUGGCCCCAUAGGUGAUCAGGUGCAUCAAGAUAUGAAUGCUCCAUUGGCUCAUUAUUUUUUGUACACAGGGCACAACUCCUACUUAACUGGAAAUCAAUUGAGUAGUGAAAGCAGUACUGCACCAAUAAUAAAAGCUUUGAAAAAAGGAGUUAGAGUAAUUGAGUUGGAUUUGUGGCCAAAUUCUAGAGAAGAUGAUGUGGAAGUUCGUCAUGGAGGGACUCUGACUUCUUCGGUGAAACUUAGAGAUUGUUUGAAUGCCAUUAGGGACAAUGCAUUUGAUGCAUCAAAGUAUCCAGUUAUAAUAACUUUUGAAGACCAUAUAACUCCACCUCUUCAACGCAAAGUCGCCAAAAUGGUGGAUGAUAUAUUUAGAGGUAUGUUGUUUCGUCCAAACUAUGCACAUCAAAUGAAGAAAUUCCCUUCACCAGAAGCGUUGAAGGGGAAAAUUCUGAUUUCGACGAAACCACCGGAGUCUCUUGAAAGUCAAAGCCAAAAGGUACAAGAAGAAGAAGUUGAUGAGUUGCUUGAGGACAAAGAUGAUGGAUCUAGAGUCAAUGAAGAGGAUGAGUUGGAUGAUGAGAAUGAGGAGGAUGAGUCUCUUGGAUAUAGGAAUUUGAUUUCUAUUCAUGCUGGGAAACCAAAAGGUAAUGUGGAACACUGGUUGACGGAACAUGAUCAAGUUAGGCGUCUUAGCUUGAGUGAGCAAGUUCUUGAAGAUAUCGUCAAAACUCAAGGAUCUGAAAUUGUCAGAUUCACCCAAAGGAAUUUGCUUAGAAUAUAUCCAAAGGGUUCACGUGUAACUUCCUCCAAUUAUGAUCCUAUGAAUGGAUGGAUGCAUGGAGCUCAAAUGGUAGCAUUUAAUAUGCAGGGACAUGGGCAUUAUCUUCAAUAUAUGGAAGGAAUGUUCAAAGCCAAUGGUGGAUGUGGGUAUGUUAAGAAACCUGAUAUCUUAUUGAACAAUAAUAAGAUGUAUGAUCCUAGAGUAUACCGACCAAAGAAAACUCUUCAGGUUCACGUAUACAUGGGUGAAGGUUGGCAAUCUGAAUUCGGCCAAACACACUUCGAUUUUUAUUCUCCACCUGAUUUUCGUGUACAGGUUGGUAUCCAUGGUGUUCCAGUUGAUACAGACACCAAAGUAACCAGGACCAAGGAAGAUGAGUGGGUCCCAGUUUGGAAUGAGGAGUUAAACUUUCCAUUAACUUAUCCAGAAUUGGCACUAUUACACAUUAAAGUUAUUGAACGUGACUUUUCUGGACAACAUGAUUUUGCUGGACAAACAUGUUUACCUGUAUCAGAGUUAAGAGAAGGAAUUCGUUGUGUUCGUUUGUGUAACCGCAAAGGUGAACCUUAUAAGCAUGUUAGGCUUUUAAUCCAAUUUCGAUUUUCUAAUCACUAGUAGUGAAUUUGUUUGUGUUUGUAUUAUGAAAGAUAUAAACACAUGUAAAUAUAAAUAAUUAGUACAAUUACGAAGAUAUGGUAUGUUCGGUUCGUUCCUACGCAAGAAUUUCUCGUGUAU